AGCCGCACCAGGGCCCCAGGCUGUGCCAGUCUCAGGGCCAGGAGCUGGCUGGCCGGAUGCCCAGGUGGACAGGACGGGCGGCCUCCUGGCUCCCCCUCCCCUUCCCCCCUCAGUGAUGUCAGGCCAAGGGCGGGGACAGGAGGGGGACAGGUAAUUAAGGGCUUGGAGUCUCCCUCCCUAAACCGGUGGCCCCAGCCAGGUGUACCAACACCCAGGGUCCAGCAGCUGAGCCCGCCUCCUGCCCUCCUGGUUCCUGUCCUUCCGCACCUCCUUCUCCCCUUCUGUGCAUCACUCAGCACUUGGGCAGGCGUUGCCACAACAGGCUCUGACAACAAAGCACUGGAAAAACCUGGGGCAGAGCCCAGAGGAAUGUCAUGGAGCUGGGUCUGUCUCCACCUCAUCUCAGCAGCUCCUCAGAAGACCUGUACCUGGCCCCUGGGACCGCUCCUGGGACUCCCCCGCCUCCCGAUGUUCUUCUGUCUGGGGAGGUGAAGAGGUCCCAGCCUCUGCCCAUUCCGACCAGCAGGAAACUUCUUCGACAGGAGGAGCUGCGAUCAACCUCUCUACCCUCCAUCCCCAACCCCUUCCCCGAGCUCUGCAGUCCUCCUUCACAGACCCCCAUUCUUGGGGGGCCCUCCAGUGCAAGGGGGCUGCUCCCUCGAGACACCAGCUGCCCCCAUGUCAUAAAGGUAUACAGCGAAGAUGGGGCCUGCCGGUCAGUGGAGGUGGCAGCGGGCGCCACGGCUCGCUACGUGUGUGAGAUGCUGGUGCAGCGAUCUCAUGCCCUGAGUGACGAGAACUGGGGGCUGGUGGAGUGCCACCCCCAGCUAGCACUGGAGCGGGUCUUGGAGGACCACGAGUCGGUGGCGGAAGUGCAGGCUGCCUGGCCCAUCGGCGGAGACAGCCGCUUUCUCUUCCGGAAAAACUUUGCCAAGUACGAGCUGUUCAAGAGCACCCCACACUCCCUGUUCCCAGAAAAGAUGGUCUCCAGCUGUCUGGACGCACACACGGGCAUAUCCCACGAAGACCUCAUCCAGAACUUCUUGAAUGCAGGCAGCUUCCCAGAGAUCCAAGGCUUCCUGCAGCUACGGGGGUCAGGACGCAAGCUUUGGAAACGCUUCUUCUGCUUCCUACGCCGGUCUGGCCUCUAUUACUCCACCAAGGGCACCUCCAAGGAUCCGAGGCACCUGCAGUAUGUAGCAGAUGUGAAUGAGUCCAACGUGUACGUGGUGACCCAGGGCCGCAAGCUCUACGGGAUGCCCACGGACUUUGGCUUCUGUAUCAAGCCAAACAAGCUUCGAAAUGGCCACAAGGGGCUUCGCAUCUUCUGCAGUGAGGAUGAACAGAGCCGCACCUGCUGGUUAGCCGCCUUCCGCCUCUUCAAGUAUGGGGUGCAGCUGUAUAAGAAUUAUCAGCAGGCCCUGUGCCGCCACCUGCGCCCACCCUGUGUGGGUUCCCCGCCCUUGAGGAGUGUCUCAGACAACACCCUGGUGGCCAUGGACUUCUCUGGCCACGCCGGGCGUGUCAUCGAGAACCCCCGGGAAGCUCUGAGUGCCGCCCUGGAGGAGGCCCAGGCCUGGAGGAAGAAGACGAACCACCGUCUCAGCCUGCCCACCCCGAGCUCGGGCACGAGCCUCAGUGCAGCCAUCCACCGCACCCAGCCCUGGUUCCACGGACGCAUUUCCCGCGAGGAGAGCCAGCGGCUCAUCGGGCAGCAGGGCCUGGUAGACGGCGUGUUCCUCGUCCGAGAGAGUCAGCGGAACCCGCAGGGCUUUGUCCUCUCGCUGUGCCAUGUGCAGAAAGUCAAACAUUACCUCAUCCUGCCGGUGAGUAGUCCCAGGUUCCUGCUGCAGUGGAGAUGCAGGACGCCCAGCAACCCGUCCUCCUCACCAGGCCCCCUCCCCGCCCUGGCCCCCAGUGUGCCUCGGGUCUCCCGCUCUUUCCUUCCCCCUGCUCAGGCUGUAAGGACCUCGGCCCUGGCCCAGGGAGGGAGCUCACUCGGCCCCGGGCCCCUCCCUGACCUGCCACGCCCUGUGGCCACACGCCAGAGCGAGGCGGAGGGGCGCCUGUACUUCAGCAUGGACGAGGGCCAGACUCGCUUCCCCGACCUGCUGCGGCUUGUGGAGUUCCACCGGCUGAACCGCGGCGUCCUGCCCUGCUUGCUGCGCCACCGCUGCCCCCGCGUGGCCCUCUGACCACCACACAGGCAGGCCUGCGUCUCAGCGCGCUCCGGGCUGCCCACCCGCCGCCGCUCCUAGGGUGGACGCACAGGGGGCAGAAAGUGGGGCCAGGGUCAUCAUGAAUGGCUGGGGGCUCCCCCACUCCGGUUUCCCACUCCGCUCCUGGCCUCCCUCAGGCCGAAAGUGCUCCCCGCCCGGUCCACCCUUAACUUCUCCUUAAGGGGAAGGCACUUGGGUGGGCACCUCCCCUUCAUGGCGCUGCUCUGGGGCAGGGCAUUAUGGGAGAAAUGGGGGCAGCCCAGGUGGUCUUUACACUCCACACUUUGUACAGACUGAGAGGCCAGUUGAUCUCUGUUUUAUGCUAGUGACAAUAAAGAUUAUUUUUUGGUA